GGGAAGCCUGGCCGGCCAGCCUGUCUGGCCCUCCUGCUCCCUCGUGGGCCUCCCGGGCCACAGCCCCUCUGCCCUGCGGGGCUGGACCCCGUGUGACGCAGCAGCCGCCUUGGGCCCGUCGUGGGCCCCAUGCUGCAGGCUGACCCCCGGCCUCUCUCCCGUCCAGUCCUGAUCCGGCUGGAGAAGAAGGGAGAGCGCUGUGCUGUCCGCUCCCAGUUCGUGCAGCCCAUUUGCCUGCCUGAGCCCGGCAGCACCUUCCCCGCUGGGCACAAGUGUCAGAUUGCGGGCUGGGGCCACCAGGACGAGAAUGUGCGUGGCUACUCCAGCUUGCUGCGGGAGGCCCUGGUCCCCUUGGUCGCCGACCGGAAGUGCAGCAGCCCGGAGGUGUACGGGGCAGACAUCAGCCCCAACAUGCUGUGUGCCGGCUACUUCGACUGCAGGUCUGACGCCUGCCAGGGGGACUCAGGCGGGCCCCUGGCCUGCGAGAAGAACGGCGUGGCCUACCUGUACGGCCUCAUCAGCUGGGGUGACGGCUGCGGGCAGCCCAACAAGCCCGGCGUCUACACCCGCGUGGCCAGUUACGUGGACUGGAUCAGCGACCGGAUUCGGCCCCCCAGGCGGCCUGUGAAUCCCUCCUGAGACCACCCCUGGGGACAUCGUGCCUCCUGCCGUUCCCUCCUCGCUGGCAAUAAACAUGUUUCCAAAAAGACCCCGGCCCACGCUGCCUGUCCCGCUGCCGCCAGCUCAGCCGUCCCCGCCCCCAGGCCGUGACCCACAACCCAGCUUUGUGGGUGCUGUGGCUUCAGGGCUGAGGGCCCCAAGCCAGCACCCCAGCUGCUCAGAGGAGAAAAAAGGAGCCUGUGACCCCCACAGGGAGGGUCUGGCCCCGUGGCCUGGGCAGUCAGGACAGGGGAUCCAGACUAGACCUUCUCCAGAGCAAGAGCUGUCCCCAGCCAGACCCCUCUCAGACCCUCCCCCAGGCAAGUGGGGCUUGGGUCCGGGCACCUUGGGCUGUCCCACGGCAGGGGGUGCUAGAACUUAAGACAGGUUAUUUGGGAAAACCCCUGGCUAUCAUUUUGCUUCAAGACGGCAGCCCGCCGACUGCAGCUCUCCCUCAGCCGCGUUUUCUAGGCGGGGAA